AUGUCUACCGAACAGGUUCCCGUUUCUCUCCCUUUCGUUGGUGGCAAGGUCGCCGCUGUUCAACAUCCUUUGGGACCAUUGACAGCAGGAGAAAUCAAGGAAAGCGCAAACCUGAUCAAGGCUUUGUGGCCAUCAAACACCAAUCUUCAAUUCAAGGUUAUCACCUUGCAGGAGCCAAGCAAGGCCGACCUGGUUCCAUUCCUAGCAGCAGAGCACGCCGGAAAGUCUGCCCCCACUAUUGAAAGGAAGAGCUUCGUCGUUUACUACAUUCGCAACACAGAUAAACUUCAUGAAGCCAUUGUCAACCUGAGCUUUGGCAAGGUUGAGCACAAUGUCAGACUUGGACCAAAUAUUCACAGCAAUGCCGACGGUGAUGAAAUCAUCAAUGUAGAGAGAAUCGCAUUGGAGGAUGAGCAAGUCAAGGCAGAAAUCGCGAAGUUGAAGCUUCCCGAAGGCACCGUGGUGAUCAGUGAUCCAUGGAUCUACGGAUCCGAUGGCGUCAACGAUGGACUUUUCUCUGACGACAAGAGGAUGUUUCAAUGCUUUCUCUACGUUCGAGACCCAAACAACUCCUCAGAACUCGACAGCAACCACUAUGCUAUGCCCCUCAGCAUCUCUCCCGUCGUCAGCGCUGAGACCAUGAGAGUAACCAGAAUUGAUAUACUCCCGACUGGAGCUGAUAACACCAUCAAGGAGCCAUCUCCAUACAAAGUCCAGCCUGCAAACGAAUAUAUCCCCGAGGCCCAAACACUGCGAACCGAUGUCAAACCACUGAACGUUGUUCAGCCUGAAGGUGCUUCAUUCGAGGUCUCCAACUUCAGCGAGCAAGGUCACUCUGUAUCAUGGCAGAAAUGGGAUUUCAAGGUUGGUUUCAAUCAACGAGAAGGGAUGGUCCUCUACGAUGUUCAUUACGCUGGUCGUCCCCUUUUCUACAGACUUUCACUCUCCGAUAUGGCCAUUCCUUACGCAGAUCCACGUCACCCAUACCACAAGAAGCAAGCUUUCGAUCUCGGUGACGCUGGAGCAGGUAUCAUGGCCAACAAUCUACAAUUGGGCUGUGACUGUCUUGGAUCGAUCUACUACCUGUCCGCCGUCCUGAGCGAUGACAAGGGUGAACCUCUCCAAAUGCCAAACUGUGUUUGUAUUCACGAGCAAGACGCUGGUAUCGGAUGGAAGCAUACCAACUACCGAACUGGACGAGCUGCCGUCGUCAGAAAUCGGGAACUCGUCCUCCAAUCUAUCAUCACAGUCUCCAAUUACGAAUAUAUCCUUGCUUUCCAAUUCAAUCAAGCUGGAGAGGUCAUGUACGAAGUUCGCGCAACGGGUAUCCUUUCGACACAGCCAAUUGAUGAAGGUCUCACUGUUCCGUGGGGUACUGUCGUCCAUCCAGGUGUCUUGGCAGCUCACCAUCAACAUAUAUUCUCUUUGCGCGUGGAUCCUAUGAUUGACGGUCCUCUCAAUCGUGUAGUCUACGACGAGGCGCAUCCAAUGCCUCGAUCCGAUUUCAAUCCUCAUGGUGUUGGUUAUACCGUCUCCGAGACUCCAGUCACCACCUCAGGCGGCUACGACCUGAAUUAUGAUGCCAACCGCAUCUUCAAGAUCCAGAACUCAUCGAUGAAGAAUCCUAUCAACGGAAAACCCGUCGCGUACAAGAUCAUGGCGCCACCUUUCCAGAAGAUCAUCGCAGACACAGAGAGUUUCCAUGCCAAACGUGCCGAGUUUGCAGAUCACAACAUCUAUAUUACUUCAUACAAAGAUGGCGAGUUGUAUGCUGGUGGCAAGUAUACCAAUCAAUCACGUGGUGGGACCGGUGUUCGAAGCUUCGCAGAUCGCAAAGACAACGUUCUCGAUGAUGACAUAGUCGUCUGGGUUCAAUUUGGAAUCAAUCAUGUGCCUCGUAUUGAGGAUUUCCCGGUCAUGCCCUGUGAGAUCCUCAAGGUAUCUCUCAAGCCAGUCAACUUCUUCGAGAAGAAUCCCGCUUUGGACGUGCCUCCCAGCCAGCAAAGCUUCAACAAGAGCAACCUUCUAAGUGUCACACAUCACCAAGAAAUGGGGGAGGCGGUAGUGGGAAAAGAAGGUGAAGUGUGCUGUGUGAAGGAAAGCAGCAAGCUUUGA